CAAGAAUAUAUAACUAUAAUAUAAAAAUAGAAACUAUAUGUUAAACCGAUGUGUCAAUGCGUAUUUUAAAAACAAACAUAUUUACACCCACACAGUAGAAUCAAAACGACAUCUGAGAGAUAUCUAUAAAUAUCAUAUUGCGUAACAACUAUUUAGUUUAGAUAUUCAAGUCUCGGUAGUCAAGAUACACGAUCAGUCUUGCUGUGCGUACACUUGGCGCGAGACACUGUUACUUUUGAUACUUUGCUGUUAUAUCCAUCAUGAAUAAAAUUGAAAUACGUGUGAAUGAAGGAAGAUUGAUUGGUAUCGUUGUAAAUAAUUGCAAUGUCCGUUACAUUGCUUUUCGUGGAAUACCAUAUGCUAAACCUCCGAUUGGUGACCUCAGAUUUAAGGAUCCGGUACCAGCAGAACCAUGGUCCGGUGAUAGAGACGCUUCGAAAUAUGGAAACAAUGCCGUUCAAAUAAACGUUUUCACACGCAAAGUUGAGGGCGAUGAAGAUUGUCUCUAUUUAAAUGUGUACACCACUAAAAUCGAACCUUCGAAAAAACGUACAGUUAUGGUGUGGGUACAUGGCGGUUGCUUUUAUAUGGGUUCCGGCGAUGCAUCUCUCUAUGGUCCCGAGUAUAUCGUACAAAAGGACGUAGUAUUGGUUACUCUGAAUUAUAGAUUAGGCCCUCUAGGCUUUUUGAACCUCCACGAUAAAGUGGCAACAGGUAAUCAAGGUCUGAAGGAUGUGGUCAUGGCGUUAAAAUGGGUUCAAAAAAAUAUAUCAGAAUUUGGUGGAGAUCCAGGAAAUGUCACUAUCUUUGGCGAAAGUGUUGGUGCAGUCAUAACACAUUGUCUAAGUCUAUCCCCACUAGCUAAAGGUUUAUUCCAUAAAGUGAUUUCACAAAGCGGCGUUGUGGGCCGUCUAAAUCCUAGGGUCUUUCCUGAAUGGACAAAAGCAACGGACACGAGUUUCCGGCUUGCCAAAAAACUCGGAAAAGCAACCUCAGAUCCAAAAGUCGCCUACGAGUUUCUAAAAACUGUUGAUGCGAAGAAACUUAUAGAAGCUUCGCAUACACCUCUUAACACAGAAGAAGAGAGAUUGAGUUUUGCUCUAUACUUCACACCCACUUUGGAUUAUGAGUCAUCGAAUCCAUUUUUCCCUGAACAUCCAAAGGAAUAUAUAUCUCGUGGGAUUCAAAUGCCCUUCCUUCUAGGAUUUACACGUAACGAAGGGAUAUUCUUUUUAAACAGCACUUCUUUCGGAGAAAUAAGCAAGGAAGACCUGGAACAAGUAAAUGCUGAUUUUAAAAAAGCAAUAUUACCACCGGUCUUAUCCAAGUUACCUGAAAUGGGUAUCACUGUUGAGGAAUUAAGAUCUUUAUAUUUUGGAACAAAAGACGUGUCAGAGGAAACUCUGAUAAAUUAUGGAUAUUUCUUAGGAGAUGAAUUUUACGUACGGAGUAUAAUGGAUAUAGUUCAACACCAAAGAUCUGCUGGUUGUUACAAAUCUACAUAUUUGUAUCAUUACGAUUAUGAGAACGAAACUUCCCCUGCAAGAAAAGUGUUUAAUAUCGGACUUCCAGGAGUGUCUCACACAGAAGAAUUAUUUUACCUAUUUUACCCAGAACUUGGAAAAAUGUCGCCACCUGAACCUGGUUCAGAUAAUCACAAAAUGAUGAAUCAUUUCGUACAAAUGUGGACGGAUUUUGCAAAAACAGGGAAUCCAACGCCUACUACAAAUUUAUGGUUGCCAUUAACUGGGUCACAAAACGACGACUACAAUUAUCUAAACAUUGAUAUAAAUCCAAAAAUGAAAACCUUUUUAAAAGGAAAAGAACGCUGGAAUUGGGAAACUUAUAAAAAAAAGUUAAUCGGCAGGUUCGUUAACGUUGUUCUUUCGUUCCUUUAUUCUUCUAUCGUAUCCAUCAUGGACAAUAAGCGAGUGGACGUAUACGUGCGCGAGGGAAAAUUAAUCGGUAUCGUUGAGGAAGCUGUGCAUGGCGGUCAUUACGUCGCCUUCCGAGGAAUACCGUACGCGAAGCCGCCGGUUGGCGAACUGAGAUUCAAGGAUCCACUGCCACCAGAAAGAUGGUCUGGCGACAAAGAUGCUUCAAAAUAUGGGAACAUUGCUGUUCAAAUUGAUUUUCUAACCCGAGAAGUAGUAGGUGAUGAAGAUUGCCUCUACCUGAACGUAUAUACUAUAGAUAUUGUAAAAAAACGCCCAGUUAUGGUAUGGAUACAUGGUGGUGGUUUUGACAUGGGUUCCGGCGAUGCCGCUAUAUAUGGUCCUGAUUAUAUUGUUCGAAAGGAUGUAGUACUGGUUACGCUAAAUUAUAGACUAGGGGCUCUCGGUUUCUUGAAUCUAAACGACAAAGUGGCAACGGGUAAUCAAGGUCUAAAGGAUGUGGUUAUGGCAUUACGAUGGGUCCAGAGAAAUAUAUCACAAUUCGGUGGAGAUACGGAAAACAUCACCAUCUUUGGCGAAAGUGCUGGUGGUGCUAUCGUGCAUUAUCUAACUUUGUCUCCAUUAGGCGAAGGUUUAUUCCAUAAAGCAAUAUCACAAAGCGGCGUCGCCACGAAUCCGUGGGCCUUCAAUGAAUGGACGAACAAAGCGACGAAUCAAAGUUUUAAACUUGCCGAGAAACUUGGAAAAACGACAUCAAAUCCGAAAGUCGCCUACGAGUUUCUUAAAACGAUUGACGCGAAAGAUCUCAUAAAAACUACACACAAGUUUUUUGCUACACAAGAAGAACGUCAAAGACAUAUUGUAAUAUUUACACCCAGUUUAGAUUACGAAUCCUCAAAUCCAUUCUUUCCGGAACACCCAUGCACGUUAAUACACCGCGGAGUUAAAGUGCCGUUCCUUUUAGGAAAUACCAGUUGCGAAGGGUCUUUUUUCAUAGGCAGUUCAUUUGUAGGAUCCAUAAGCAGUAAGGCUCUUAAACAAAUUGAUUCCGAUUUUAAGAAGGCUAUAACGCCCAGAGUUUUAUCUGAAUUGCCAAAGAUACCAAUCACGGUCGAAGAAUUACGAUUCUUAUAUUUUGGUAACAAAGCGAUAUCAGAAGAAACUCUAAUGAAUUACGCUGAUUUUCUUGGCGAUGCCAUGUUCUAUCGCGGUACUAUGGAAGUGGUCAAUAUCCAAAUGAGUUCUAGUACUUACACGCCAACGUAUCUGUAUAAAGUUUCAUAUGAAGGAAACCUCUCAAAGACAUUAUUGGGUAUAACACUCCCAGGAAUGAGCCAUGGCGAAGAAUUGUUUUAUUUAUUUUAUCCUUGUAUGAUGAAAGAUUUCAAUAUGCCACCACUUGCACCUAAUUCAAAUGACUAUAAAAUGAUGGAUUGCUUAACGCAGAUGUGGACAGAUUUUGCUAAAACUGGAGAUCCAACGCCUGCUAUUACGGAUUUGACACCAAUUAAAUGGACUCCAUUAAAGCACGGAGAUGUAUAUGAUUAUUUAAAUAUUGAUAUUAAACCUCGGAUGGAAAAUGUUCGUAAAGGAGAACAGCGCUGCGAUUGGAAGAAUAUGAAACACAAAUUAUGAGAUUCUGUCUGUUAAAACAUUAUUUAUAUUAAAAUUAUGUUUCUUAGUCAUUGAAUUUGUGAUAAAUAUUAUAUUUUUUAAUUUUAUGAUUGACAUCGUUUGUGGAAAAAUAUCUAUUGUAUUUAAAAUUACAUUAUGUAAAAUAUUAACUAUGAAAAAGAAUGAUGAAAAUAAAUACUGUUAUAUCUUGCAUUGUUAUAGAA